CUGGAGGCUGACGAUGGCUUUGUCCAACUCAGCCUGGAAGAGGAGUGUCCGCCACACGGAAGCCUACUGUUCCUGUUCGUCUGAAAAACUCCAACCACAUUCUCACAAAGUCACUCGGACAAAUCCAUACUAACAGGUGACGUUGUUGGGCAGAACUGGCAGUGAUGUUAUCUGCAUUGUGAGCAUCGCACACUGGAAGUAUGGAACGCACAAGCCAUUAUGAGACUUCAGGAAGAUCCACCCACCGGUGUGAGUGGAGCACCAUCAGAGAACAACAUCAUGCUUUGGAACGCAGUUAUUUUUGGGCCUGUGGGAACGCCAUUCGAAGAUGGAACAUUUAAGCUUCUGAUAGAGUUUUCUGAGGAGUACCCUAACAAACCUCCCACAGUUCGAUUUGUCUCCAGAAUGUUUCACCCAAAUGUUUACGCAGAUGGCAGUAUUUGUUUAGACAUCCUUCAGAAUCGCUGGAGUCCGACAUACGACGUGUCGUCCAUUCUCACCUCCAUCCAGUCAUUGCUGGAUGAGCCAAACCCCAACAGUCCUGCCAACAGCCAGGCUGCACAGCUUUAUCAGGAAAACAAGAGGGAGUAUGAGAAGAGAGUGACAGCCAUCGUGGAGCAGAGCUGGGUGGACGUCUGAGCUUCCCUCACUCUCCGCUGUUUACUAUCCAUCAUCCCCUCAUCAUGUCAUUACAACAGUCUUUUUUUUACCUUAUCCUCAACAAAACAAGGAAAAAAAAACAGCUAUAUUUGAAGAACUCACACACCACCCAGAGAAACCAGGAAUAACGACCGCACAGAGAGCAACCAAACCGGACUGGACAUUAACUUUGCCAACACGUGAGGAAAACAACUGAGGGAAAUUGGAUUUUUUUUUUAUUAGGCCUUCUUGUUAUUAAUUUUACUUUUUGUAUUGCCUGAUGUGAAAUAAGUUAUUUCUAACAGAAUUUGUAAUAUAUCUUUUGGGUUGUUUUUUUCUUUGUUGCUUGAAUAGUAGUUUCAUGUUGUUAUUUUGACUUUUAUAGAUUUGUUUUUCCACAUUUGAAAAAAAAAAGAAGGCUCCUUUAGUUCUCGUGUCUGCUGGUGAGUUUUUCUGUGAGGAAAAGGACAGGUUGAUGACAAAGCAGCAUACAAUGAAUCAUGGGAAAACCCAGGAAAUGCCUUUUUCGUAGUUGUCGUCGUUGAUGAUCAAGUUUUACCGAUGCAGCUGAUAAAGAACUGGGCCUGUUGCAACAUCUUCAUUAUUUUCAGUCACUGAAGGUUGGCAGACGUCACAUGAUGCAACAGCGCCAAGUCUGUGUGCGCCGAGUUUUUAUUUAAAUAUUUCUUUUCUCAGUGGGAGAAGGCGAUAGAUUGGAGAGAGGGAUGUUGGAAGAAAGCACAUGUUAACAGUAGAAUGUGGCAGGAAAAUCUUUAUCUGCAAGUCCCGAGAGAGAGAGGAAAUCCAUUUGAGAACAAAGUGUUAAAAUCAUUGAAUCCUCCUUAAAGGGAUAGUGUGCGUUUUUUUCCAAGUGUGGUAAAGAGAAACUGACAUCUCUUUUAGAUAGAAGAAGAUAACCAAUCAGUGCUUUUUACUUGCUGUGUGACAAAGAACACAAAGAGCUCCAUGACCCCUAUGAGGGGCCUGGCCCCUACUUUGGGAACCGCUGGUAUAUAAAAAAGACAAGUAUAGAAUUUUAUUGACAAGUUUAUGCUUUGGGUCUCUGUUGGUUUUUGGACUUGGCCAUGUCAGUUAUUCAAACAGGUAAAACUCGGUCUAUCCCUUUAAGUUCGCUCAUGGAGUACUGUACUGACAGCUGGAGACCGAGCAGUCGAAAAAAGAACGUUGAAAUUUGUGAAACCUAGAGGAGUUGGCGCGAAGUUUACUGAAAGUCCAAGUCAAAGUUAAUGCAGUAAAAUCCAGUCCACUCCUGGAGUCCAAUGACAAUGAAACGACCCACGUUUACAGUGAAUUUGUGAUUUUACCAGACCACAGAUUAAUAAUCCACGAAACACAGUCACCAUUCAACAACCUCUCUUCUGAGACAGUCAAUGUCAUAUUGUGGUUAGUGACUUCAAUCACCUAGUAAGCAGAUGGGAUAUGUUAAAAAAUUUUGUGAAUUAAGCAAAAAAUAUGUAUACUUAUAACAAUAUGCUGUAUAAACAUAAUAAAACACAUUUUUCAGACUUUGAA